CAAUUUACCUUAUAUUCAUACUGCAGACAUAGCUCUCCUAUCUGGGUUUGAACAGAAUGUCAGGUGCAAUUGUACAGGGUAUGACUUGUUUUUUUCUUUCUUUUUUCUUUUUACUGCUUUUUGCAUAAUAAAAUAUGUCAGUUUCUCGAGCUACAUGGUUUCUUCAAGCAAAUCUUUCUCGGCAAAGAAACUUGGUUCAUACAAGCAACCGUUUCAUAUCGUGUCUUUCCCGCUCGAGAAACACCACGGCCUGGAGAAUUUUGAGAUCAGAACAGGCCAAUAAACCUCAGUUCACAACCAGUCCUUACAACGAAGCUAUGGAUAAGAUCAAAAGCCAAGCCAAACUCGUUGGAAAAAUCACUGGAUACACUGUCUUGUCUGUCUCUACAGCCAUUGCUUUUGUCUGGCAAUUGUCGCAUUGGUACAUUGAAUAUGUUAUGGAAGCCACACCACCUGAACUUGGAUACCAAGCACGUAACUUGCUUCACGGUGCUUAUAUUCGUGAACACAUUGCACCUGACUAUGAGGUUGCUUCAUUUUAUGUGCGAGAAGCACUCCGCAUAGCUCUUGAAGAAAAGAAAUUAGACGAGACAUCAGAUACUGUGAUCCAACUUCGACUUCGUUUGGCAUACAAUGAAGCCUGUGCUGGUAACUUGUUGGACAGUAUCACUCAAUACACACGGUCUUGGAAGCUUAUGUUAGAUAAGAAGGAAUCAUCUGUUUUGUUAGUAGAGACAGCAAAACACAUUGGUGAUUUGUAUUUGAGAAUUGGCGAUUAUGAACACGCUGAAGAGUUCUUGGUUUGGUCACUCCAUCAUUUAGACCAAAAGGACAAUGUGUUACAAACAAAGAUCACUUUGACUUUAGCUAGUUUGUACGCCAUCCAACGCAAUUUCGAUUUAGCAUUGCCUUUAUUGUCUCAAGCACUCAAGACUGUACCAGAAAACGAAUGUUGUUUAAAGGCCAUUAUUCAAAAUCAAUUAUCAGAAGCCAUGUACGGUUUGGGUAAAGUAGAUGAAGCCAUGGGUUGGGCUCAAGCUGCUUUAGGCUCAAGUGCUCAAGAUCUCAAAAGACAAGAUUGUUUAGAAUGUGGUGGUGUUGCAGCAAACAAUCUCGGCCGAAUUCUUGAACUAAAAAGCCAAUUCGAUCAAGCACUUGAAUAUUAUAGACAAGCCAUCACUUAUUCUUCAUCUAUUCAUGACAGUACAAGCCAUGACCGAUAUGUUGUCAACUUGGAAAGAGUGCAGGAUAUCUUGAAAAAUAAAUCAUAG